AUGGCAGAAAUCGGAUUACAAACUGUGACUACCGUGCCGGACGAAGGAGAACACAGCUUCAAGAUGCCCAGGGCUUCCGUGGUACACAUGACGUCUACGGCGACGAGACCGCAGCACAUGUCCCAGGUGUUAGCCACGCUGGCUCUGUCGAUGGGAACGCUGUCUUCUGGCCUGGCGAAAGGUUACACCUCGCCGGCCUUGGACUCCAUCCUGGACAACCAACCCCCUCAGCUUUAUCAAUCUUCGAACAACGACACCUGGUCGGCUUUCUCGGUGACGCAACAAGAAGCCUCGUGGGUAGCGUCUUUGUCGAUGCUGGGCGCGUGGUUCGGCGCUAUGAUCGGCGAUUGGAUAAUGAGAAGAGGCCGUCGACUUGCACUGCGUAUGACAUCCAUGCCCCUCGCUGCGGUCUGGAUCUUCACAGGGAUCGCGCCGUGCGUCGAAGUGGUCUACGUCACCAGCUUCAUCGGUGGCCUUUGCUGUUCAGUCAUCACUAUGGUCGCUCAGGUAUACAUAUCAGAAAUCUCCAUGCCGGGCAUCAGAGGCUGCCUGUCGGCGAUGUUGAAGGUUCUCGGUCACGUCGGCGUGUUAUUGUCGUACAUAGCGGGCACGUACCUGAACUGGCGUCAAAGCGCGCUGCUGGUAGCAGUUGCGCCGUCGAUGCUUUUUCUGGGGACUCUCUUUAUACCGGAGACGCCGUCGUACCUCGUUUUGAAUGGCAAAGACGACGAGGCUGCCAACAGCUUGCAAUGGCUGCGCGGUGAUCACGUCGACAUACGACACGAGCUGCAGGUGAUCAAGACGAAUAUUCUGGCAUCCAGAGCGAAGCAAUACGAGCUGACAUUCAAGAACAGCAUGUUCACGCCUCGACUGUACAAGCCCAUCGCUAUCACGUGCGGAUUAAUGUUCUUCCAAAGGUUCUCGGGAGCGAACGCGUUCAAUUAUUACGCGGUGAUUAUAUUCCGACAAACUCUGGGUGGAAUGAAUCCUCACGGGGCGACCAUUGCCAUUGGUUUCGUACAAUUAUUGGCUUCUUUGCUGUCAGGAUUCCUGAUCGACAUCGUGGGCAGGCUACCGCUUCUGAUAGCCAGCACCGUCUUCAUGUCCUUGGCGUUAGCAGGUUUCGGCAGUUAUGCAUACUACGUGUCACAAACACAAAAUCUAGGGUACGCAGACACCGCGGUUGUUGGUCAGCACGACUGGAUACCGUUACUCUGCGUACUCGUCUUCACGACUGCUCUGGCUCUGGGCAUAUCGCCAAUUUCGUGGUUAUUGAUUGGCGAGCUCUUUCCCCUGGAGUACCGCGGCCUUGGUUCGAGUAUCAGCACGAGCUUUAGCUACUUCUGUGCGUUCGUUGGGAUUAAACUGUUCAUGGAUUUUCAGCAGACGUUAGGCCUACACGGGGCGUUCUGGUUCUACGCGGCGGUGGCCGUCUGUGGCUUGUGCUUCGUGGUAUGCUGCGUCCCGGAAACGAAAGGAAAACAGCUGGACGAGAUGAACCCAGACUACGCGCAGGCUCGGUAG